UUCAGCCUUCCAUGUUCCAGAAGUCCAUCCUCUGUGCAUAUGAUGGUGGCGUUUCCGUGUUUUCCAUCUCGGACAGAUCAUUUUUAUACACUUUUAUUGGGAAACAAGGUGCUGAGCAGUACUGCAGUGUGUGAAGACAUGUGUGAGUGUGUGAUGAAGUUCAGAGCACCACAAGUUUCUGAGGAGCUGGGAUUCAGUCUGCAAUCAUACAAUGAUACAGAACUGCUAGAUGCCAAGACUUUCCACCUUGCUCCUCUCGUGGCAUCCUCUGUGAGCAUUAAUGUCUCAUCCACGACUGUCGUAUUCAACUGGCCUACAUUAGAUGAUGGAGAUGUCUUGGAUGUGUGUUUGGAUGAGCAGUGUUGGGUUGCGUCCCAUUUUCAGCCAUUCCACCAGGUGACGGGGUUACAGCCUGGGCAUCAUUACAAUAUCAGUGUGGCAAAGAAAACAUUCAUCCCUCAUCUCCAAAUUAAUGUUACACAAAGCCUACAGCUGGCCAUAAAGACAGGUCAGUGUCCCGUUGGCUGGCUUGCUGUGGGAUGGAGCUGUUAUAAGGUGAACCCAAGUUUCAUGUCAUGGUCCGGAGCGAAGCAAGCAUGUGAAAGAUCAACCCCAGGGUCACAUCUGGCCAACAUAAAGACAUAUGCAGAGUUUUUAUCCAUCAUAUCUUCCUUAGAGUCCUAUAACCAUCUUUUGCUGUUGUGGACAGCUUUAAAUGACCAUGAGACAGAAGGUGAUUUCCGCUGGUCUGAUGGCUCUACCUACAACUUAAAUAUUGAAAUGACAUCAGCACUUGCACCCAAUCAAACGGGCUGUGUUGCGAUGCAGAAGAAUGCAACCGGAGCCGGAUACUUCUUCACUUCUUUCCUGUGUUACCUGCAGCUCCCCUAUAUUUGUCAAGACGAGUGUGAGUGA